CAUCUUUCUCCUCCUACAGUUCUUCUUCUUCUCCCUCACUCUCUAUUCCUCUCCAUGGAAUUACCUGUUAAGGUCACCGGUUCCGGUGGCGGUGGCCGGAGAAUUCAGUAUAAGAUAGAAACCAAGAAACUCUCUUACCAAUUACAUCCACAAGGCCAUGAAUUCAACUGGGUUUGUUGUUGGGGAAACUCUAAUGAUUCUAAAAGCCAAAGAUACAUUCUAAAGAAUGUAAAUUGUGUAGCAAAGCCUGGAGAAAUCACAGCCAUUGCUGGUCCUAGUGGGGCUGGCAAAACCACACUUUUAGAGGUCCUUGCAGGGUUGGUUCCACAGAGUCGGAUCUCAGGUCGGGUUCUAGUCAAUGACCGGCCGAUGAAUGCUCCGACUUUCCGGCGAGUUUCGGGUUAUGUAACCCAAGAUGAUGCACUCUUCCCUUUGCUUACAGUUGAAGAAACACUUCUGUACAGUGCUCGUCUAAGGAUAUGUGGUCAUCUUAGUGUUGCUGUGGCAAGAGUGGGAGCUCUAAUUAAGGAGCUUGGGUUGGAGCGGGUUUCCGGGUCUAGAAUUGGAGGGGAUUGUUCUCGUGGUAUUUCCGGCGGCGAGAAGCGGCGAGUCUCCAUCGGAGUUGAAGUAGUCCAUGACCCAGCUGUGCUUCUGAUCGACGAACCCACAUCAGGAUUGGAUUCAGCCUCUGCUUUUCAUGUCGUAACUCUGCUUAAAUCUAUGGUGGUUAAUCAAGGUAAGACAAUUGUUUUGACUAUCCAUCAACCCGGGUUCCGAAUUCUUGAGCUUUUCGAUCAAAUUGUGUUGCUAUCCAAUGGAAUUGUUCUUCAUCAUGGGUCUUUAGAUCUUCUUGAAGAACGGCUUAAGAUCUCUGGCCAUUGCAUUCCUCGGCAUGUGAAUGUGCUUGAAUUUGCCAUUGAUGUCACAGAGAGCCUUGUUGUACAGAGCUCUUCUGUUCUGAAUGAACUGGUUUCAACUGAGGAUCAUCAAGAGGAGCAAGAAAAUAAAUUCUUCUAUCCAAAUUCAAGAUUCGAGGAGGUCUUAAUUCUAGGACAAAGAUUCUGCAACAACAUAUUUAGAACGAAGCAGCUUUUUGCAGCAAGAACCAUUCAAGCCUUGGUAGCUGGGAUUGUUCUGGGGACCAUAUUCGUGAAUGUUAGCAAUAAGAGUGGACAGAUCACUUUACAGACUCGAUUGGGAUUCUUUGCUUUCACUCUAACAUUCUUGCUUUCCACCACAACUGAAGGGUUACCAAUUUUCUUACAAGAGAGGAGGAUUUUAAUGAGAGAAACCUCUAGAGGAGCUUAUAGAGUGUCUUCCUAUGUCAUAGCCAACACCCUUGUUUUCAUUCCCUUCCUCUUAACUGUUGCUCUUCUUUAUACCACCCCUGUUUACUGGUUAGUGGGAUUGAGAAGAGACAUUGAUGGGUUCCUAUACUUUUCUUUGGUGGUUUGGUUGGUUGUGCUGAUGGCCAAUUCAUUUGUGGCUUGUUUCAGUACUCUGGUGCCCAAUUUCAUCAUGGGAAGCUCCUUGAUAGCAGGGUUUAUGGGUUCUUUUUUUCUCUUCUCUGGGUAUUUUAUAUCAAAGAAGAACAUACCCUGUUACUGGAUCUUCAUGCACUACCUUAGUCUAUUUAAGUACCCAUUUGAGAGUUUCUUGAUAAAUGAGUAUGGUGGGGAGAAAGGGAGGGUUAGGUGUGUGCAAAGUUUGGAAGGAACUUGUGUUUUCUAUGGAGAUGGGUUACUGAGGCAGCAGGGGUUGAAAGAGUCACAGAAGUGGAGCAAUUUAGGGGUGAUGUUGAGUUUCAUUUUUGGGUACAGAGUGCUUUGUUUUCUGAUUUUGUGGUUCAGAUGCUGCAGGACUAGAAAUUAAGAGGGCUCAGUCACUCACUCGUCGAUAAAAUAAAGUGGGGAAAAGAUAAAUUAUUAUUUCUCCUUUCCUUGAAUUUCUUUAUGAUGAUUAUAAAGUAGUUUAUAAUUAUUUUUUUGCACAAAUAUUUCUUG